AUGGUCCCAUUCACGACGCCAUGGUCUGGUACCGCGCCCCCAUCACGCAACCAGCCCCAUCUAGAGCGGACACCGCCGCCAUCCCAGGUGCCGUCGCGCGGGCAGGUGAAACGGCCACCCACACGCUGUAAAACGUGCACCGCCUGUCGAGUCAGAAAGGUCAAAUGUGACGGUAGGUCGCCACAUUGCGGCUCCUGCGAAAAUGCGGGGCGGCGUUGUGUUUACCCACAGGAUGCACGAUACCAGAACAAACCUACCCGGGCAGAGAUUCAGAGACUGGAAGCACACAUAGAUUCCAUAUGGGAAGCCGUGCACGAGCGGGACGCAGGGGCUGCUGCUGCACAUGCCAGGGAACCCGCAGGAACCGAACGGCCAGGCCAGGCCAUGAGAGCCGCCACGCCAUCUCCAGCACAACCGCUGGUGGCCCCCGCAGAGCGUCCUGAAAACGAAAGUCUGCCCAACGAAACAGAGAGAAGCCACCAGGAUCUGUCACCGGCCGAAAUGAACAUCGUGGGAGUGCUUGGCCAGGACGGCGAACUGGUUGUGCACGGAGUGUCCAGCAUGCACUACAACCAGCACAACCAGCACAAUCAGCAGCAGGAACUGCGCAUGUCAGUCGAUUCCCGCACGGAGACUACCCCAGAGGAAGACGAAUCCUCGAAGAGGCAGCGAGAGCAGCUCCAGCAGGUCAGCAAGGCACGGCUGGUCGCCAAUGCGGCCUUCCAGCGUCAGCGUGAAUCCGUAUUGCUGCGCAAUCCCAGCGUUACACAGGACGCGAACUUUGGCUGCGCGGACCCCGACACAGCACUGCACCUGCUAGAUAUCUAUUUUAACCGAAUUCACUUUACGUACCUCUUCAGCUACCGGCCUGCAAUCAUGGACAGCCUCAUUACCAAAGGGCCAUAUUGCAACAUGCUCUUGCUCACGGCGGUCUACUUUUCGAGUAGUAUGUUCAGCGACCGGGCUGCAGUGCGUGCGCAGCGCGACCAGUUCUAUGCCUCAUUCCAGCUCGCCCUCAUAGACCACAUGGACCAGCCCAGUGUUCCCUCAGCAGUCGCCCUGCUCCUCUGUGGUGCCGCGUUGGUCUCGUGCGGCCGUCUAAGCGCGGGCUGGGUAACGAGCGGGAUUGCCUAUCGCAUGAUCCUCGACCUGGGCUGCCAUUUCGUGCUGGACUGUCAUCGCCAGAAUCUCCCCGAUGAAAUGAUCCUACUCACCGAUAUCGAGGUGGAGAUGCGCAAGCGGCUUUACUGGGGAGGCUAUCUAGUUGACGCCACGCAGUCCCUAUACCUUGGGCGACUGCCGUACCUGCACACUGUGCCAGCGCGCGUGCCGCAGGUGUUCUUGGACACGUACGAGGAGCUCGACGUGUGGGCACCGUACGUGGAUACCAUGUCCGCCUCCCCCGAGGUCAAUACUGUUCUCAGUGCCUACGCUCCGCAGCCAGCGUACGCGGUCUCCACGUUUAUGGCGAUGCUGCGGUUGCUGGAGAUAUCAUCGCGACUAGUGCACAGCUUCUACAACAUCGACAGUCUUCGCCAGGCCAGGCAGGUGAUUCGAGACGCCCGCGGCAAAAUCGAGGACGACCUGGGACGAUGGUACGCAUCGCGCGCGAAGCAUCUGCGCUUCAACCCCAAGGCCGACAAGGAACCGACACCACCUCCGCACCAGCUAACUCCAUUGACCACAUAUCACACGCUCACCAUCCUUCUUCACCGUCCAUUCCUGGCCAACCGGUAUCUGAGCACCCAUAUUAACGAGGAGGAGCGCGCUGUAGGCGAGCAGGCCAGUAUUCAGGCUGCGGGGGAGAUAUACCAUCUUCUUCGAAGAUACGACGCGGCGUUUACGAUGCGCCGCGCACCGUACCUUAUUUCGUAUGCUGCCCACUCGGCGCUGCUGGUGUUGCUCGCCCAGGGCCCGGCCGCACGGGAUCAGGUCCUCGAUAGAAUUUCCUUUCUGUGGCGUGCGCUCGGAGAUCUGCAGAGCGGUGGCAACUACGGUCUGAAGAAGCCAAUCGAGAGCCUGUCAGCAUUGAUGACCAAGCUGGGAAUUAGUACACUCGAGCAGGGGAACGGCAACGCGAGGGACUCCAUGCAUCCGGGAGGGACUCACUGCCCGGUACCGACGGAGCAGUUCUCGUUCGGCAACGACGGCGAGCUGUAUGAGAGCCAGUGGAGUAGAUUCCAGCAACAUGAUUUGUUCAGCGGAAGCAUGGACUGCGCGUUUCCCAAUUCUGGCCUGGAUGGUGUGGACUGGCUGCUGAACGACAUUUCCUGGGUGUCGGCCACGGGGUUGGAAGGGCAGAGGCCCGUAUAG